UAAAUUAAUUUUUGAAGACGUGAAAAAGCAGAUGUAGUGCAGUACUUAAGCCGGAGUACCAACUAAGAAGAAAUCCAGAUAAAAAAGACUGUGUCUGUGGGGGUUGUCUUGUUGAGUGAUUAGUGGAUUCCGAAUUUCAACAACAUCACAGUCAAACCUCGUUUCCCACUUUCCCUCGACCCAAUUACAGUUUUAACUUUUAUAAACCCAGAUUCACCCAUUUAAAGAAUUGGAGAUAAUCAAAUAACAUGAACUAAUGAUGAUGAUGAUGAUGAAUUGAUGGGUAUUCGCGAUAUUCACUCUUGGAACAACUGUGGAACUAUAGCUACAAAAUUAUUCCCAGGUGUUUUCUGAUGACCCAAAAACUCAGCAUUCAUCUAACUUAUAAAGCUUCUCCAUUUCUGAUUCAUAUAUAUGGCCCCAAUCAAUCCCUCCACUGAACCAUCCAAAGAAGCUUAUAAUCAUGGGAUGUCUCUUGAUAUUGAAAACAAGAGAGUCCAGUGUUGCUACUGUGGGAAAGUUGUUCCUGGUUUCAAUCGCCUUCAGCAUCACUUGGGAGGGAUUCGAGGGAACAUCGUUGAAUGUCCUGAGGUUCCAGCCGAAGUGAAGGACUUUUUUAGACAAAGUUUGGUUUCUGUGAAAGUAGGUCACUUAGUGAAUGAGAUUGGAGGGUUAGACCACCUUAAGCCUCCUUUGAAGAGGACUUGCACCACUAAUGCAAAAGCUAGUGGGGUGAACUCACAACAGGUUGUAAGAUCUCAGAAUGGUAACUCUGGCGUUAGAGAUAGUUUGAAAAAACCGAGUUUCUGUUACAACCAAAGGUUGACUUCUUACUCAGGCAAAGAUGGGUUGGAUUCUGACUCCAUCAUGGGUAAAAGAAGUAUCGGUAGGUUUUUCCUAGAGAAUGGGAUUGACUUCUCUGCUGUUGCAUCACCUAGUUUUAUUAGCAUGAUGGACUUUUCUUCAAACAGGGGUGAGAUUAAACGUUCUAUACCUAGCAUUGCCGAACUCAAGGGUUGGAUAUUUGAUGACGAGUUGCAUGAGAUAAAUAACUAUGUAAAGAAUGUCCGACUUUCUUGGCCACGCUCUGGAUGUAGCAUUCUGCUUGAUGGGUGGACUGAUCAUUUGGGUAGGAGCCUGAUCAAUGUUGUAGUUGAUUGUCCUGAGGGGGCCAUUUACCUUAGAUCAGCAGAUGUUUCACCCUUGACAAAGGGUGAUAACGCAUUGCAAGUGUUGCUCGAAGCUGUUCUAGAGGAAGUCAGCAUUGAGAAUGUUGUUCAAAUUGUUGCGCACACUUCAUCAGAUAGCUUAGAGGAAGUUAGCAAGCAGCUGAUUGAAAAGUACAGGCCACUUUUCUGGACAGUUAGUGCUACACAUUGCAUCUCCCUUAUCUUAGACAAGAUUGCAAUGACUGAUUCAAUUAGACUGACUUUGGAUAAGACAAAAACCAUUACUAAAUUCAUUUACAGCCGUGCUGCAGUAGUAAAGCUGGUACGGAAGUAUAUUAGUACUCGUGAUCUGAUUAGGACCUCUAAAAUAAGCUCUGCAACUUCUUUCCUGACAUUAGAGAAUUUUUUGGUGGAAAAAAGUAAUUUGGAGCUCAUGUUUACUUCCUCUGAGUGGUUGAGUUCUAUUUGGGCAUCAAGUGUUGAAGGUGAAAUAAUUGCUAAUUUAAUUAGUGAUAGUUCCUUCUGGAAUGGGGUGACUUUAGCUGUGAAAUCAUCCAUUCCAUUAGUGAGAGCUAUCUCCUUGAUUAACGGAGAUGGUAAACCUCAUAUGGGAUUCAUAUAUGAAACAAUGGAUCAAGUCAAAGAGACCAUCUGUGAGGAAUUUGGAAGAAAGAAAUCCCUGUAUACUCCAAUAUGGAACAUAAUUGAUGAGAUAUGGAACACAAUUCUUCACAGUCCCCUCCACGCUGCUGGUUACUUCCUUAACCCAAGGCUUCAUUAUACUGAAGACUUUUAUUCUGACACGGAAGUUGCUGGUGGCCUUCUUAUCACCAUUGUUCGGAUGGCUGGAGAUCAGCGUAUACAGGACUUGAUAUCUCGGCAGCUUGAUGUGUAUGGAAAUUGUAAAGGCGAUUUCAAGAUCGGCACUGAUAAUAACAGUCAAGAUAGCCUCUCUCCAGCUACAUGGUGGUCGCGCUUCGGGGACCACUGUUCUGAUCUACAAAAGCUUGCCAUCAGAAUUCUUAGUCAGACCUGCAAUGGAGCUGAAGUUUACGGCCUAAGAAGGGAUGUAGCUGAGAAACUGUUAUCAAGUGCAAAAAAUGUCACAGAAAACCAAAAGCUGCAUAACCUGACUUAUCUUCACUAUAAUCUCAAGUUGAAGCAAUUCAAAAUGGGGCUGAAAUUUAACAUUGUCAAUGAUGAAAUUGACCCUUCAGAGGACUGGAUUGUGGAUAAAUCGUAUCAGACUGAGGUAGAUGUGUCUGAAAGAAUGCACCUUGCAGGGCCAGAAACGGUUUCUGGCAGCACAAGCUUGAUAAGCAUGCUCAAGGAAAAAGGCUCUUCUGGUGUUCCGCCGAAGGUAGAACCAAAGUCUUUGUAUCGGUGAAAUUUGCUCUUGUACACUGUUGUAUAUAUUGGUGUACAAAAUGCAAAGAUAAUGUAAGUUCAACUUUCUGUCCUUCCUGGAACCGAAUCAAAAGAGUAAUUACUAGGAAUUAGAGUAAAACGCACUAUCGUGAAGGGUAAAAUUAGUUUCUGUCCACUCUGUUGUACUUUGCCAUCAGAAAAUGCUAUAUGUAUUAUGUAAUUAGAUCAUUGGUGUAAUAGGUUCCAAGUUCCUGACUGUUAUGCGGUGGACAGACUGUAGUAGGGACUCUGAGAUUCAAAGAUUGUACAGAUGUAUUUACCUGUAUGAUAUGAAUCUGUUCUGCAUUUGUGAAAGUUACCCUUUUAUCAUUUUAA